CAGUAACCGUGGCAGUGGCAGCAGUGACAGCAGCAUGCUCCUGCAGCAGCUGCCGGAGGAUGUCCUCUAUCAGAUCAUGUCUUACUUGGACUGCAGGUCUCUCAGUCGCAUGUGUCAAGUGUGCAGGAGCAUCUGCGUGUUUGUGAACCGGGACGCUGUGUGGAGGAGGGUCGCUAAACAGUUUCUAAACACUGGCAUCAGUCGGGACGGGAAGGACAUAUAUCCUCACAUCCCACUGAAGGAGAGAGUGAAGAUAGCUCAAAACUGGUGUGAUGGAGUCUGCAGAAGGGCAACUCUUCUCAAAUGGAAAACAAAACUGUUGCCAUGGUUGCAGCUGGAGAGGGAUUUACUCUUUCUAUCCCAGGCUGCUGAUAUCGGAGUUCAUCGUUUGCAAAAAGACUCUGGGAGGCUGCAGCGCAAUCCUUCACAAAUCUACUCGGGCCACGAUGGUGAUGUGUGUCGCUUCGUUCUGACGGACUCUCACCUUAUCAGUGGAGGAAGUGACGGCAGGAUCCUGGUCCACAGCAGGACAAGCAACGUGUCGACGCAGCUAUCGGGUCAUAACCAGGAAGUAAACUGCUUGGACUCUAAAGAUGGACUAAUUGUCAGUGGUUCCAGAGACCAGACGACAAAGAUCUGGACUUUGACCUCCAAAUACCCAAGAGACACAAUCCCCAUGUAUGACAGAGUGUGGUCUGUUGCGAUUAGUCCCACAGUGAGCUCCUUUGUGACAGGAACUGCGUGCUGCCAGAACUUCUCCCCUCUUCGCAUCUGGGAUGCUGAACGAUUGGAGUGCGUGUGCAGUUUGGGCUCAGAGUUUCGUCGAGGUGCCGGAGUGUUGGACAUGGUGUUUGAGUCUCCGUCUCAGCUGUUUACCUGUGGUUAUGACACCUUCAUUAGACUGUGGGACCUGCGACUGAGCCCACGUAAGUGUGUGAUGGAGUGGGAGGAGCCUCAUGACAGCGCUCUGUACUGCAUCCAGACAGACAGGAACCACAUGAUCGCCAGUGGCUCGUCAUACUACGGUGUUGUACGACUCUGGGACAAGCGGCAAACUGAAUGUCUGCAGUUUUUCCAGCUCAGCACAGAGUCAGUCAGCAGUCCCGUGUACUGUUUACGAUUCAGCAGCACUCACCUGUAUGCAGCUCUGGCUACUGCUCUGCACUCACUGGACUUCAGGCAGAAUCCCAUCUGCAUCAGAUGAUACACACAAACUACCUCUGUCCCAUCAUAUCACUUUAUUAAAGACAUUUUGACAAUAAAGUUUUCACACUUUGAAAGAAACCGAUGAAUCUUU